AUGCCAUCUCAUUUUGAUACACUUCAAUUACACGCUGGUCAACCAGUUGAUCAACCAUACAAUGCUAGAGCACCACCAAUCUAUGCCACCAGUUCAUACGUUUUCAACGAUUCCAAACAUGGUGCUCAAUUGUUCGGAUUGGAAACUCCUGGUUACAUCUACUCGAGAAUUAUGAACCCCACAAACGAUGUUUUCGAACAAAGAAUUGCUGCUCUUGAAGGAGGUAUUGGUGCAUUGGCCACUUCAUCAGGACAAGCUGCUCAAUUGUUGGCUAUUGCUGGUUUGGCUCAUUCUGGUGACAAUAUUGUCAGUACAUCAUACUUGUAUGGAGGUACUUACAACCAAUUCAAAGUUGCAUUCAAGAGAUUUGGCAUUGAAACAAGAUUUGUCAAUGGUGAUAAAGUUGAUGAUUUUGCUAAAUUGAUUGACGACAAGACCAAAGCCGUUUACUUGGAAAGUAUCGGGAACCCAAAAUACAAUGUUCCUGAUUUUGAAAAGAUUGUUAAAUUGGCUCAUGACAAGGGUAUUCCUGUUGUUGUUGACAAUACUUUUGGUGCUGGUGGGUUUUUGGUGAAUCCAAUUAAGCACGGUGCUGAUAUUGUUGUUCAUUCAGCUACCAAGUGGAUAGGUGGACAUGGUACAACCAUUGCCGGUGUUGUUGUCGACUCGGGUAAAUUCCCGUGGACAAAGUAUCCUCAAAAAUUCCCACAAUUUUCCCAACCUUCUGAGGGUUACCAUGGAUUGAUUUUAAAUGAUGCUUUGAAAGAAGGUGCAUAUAUUGGACACUUGAGAAUCGAAUUGUUGCGUGAUUUGGGUCCAGCUUUAAAUCCUUUUGGGUCAUUCUUGCUUUUACAAGGUUUAGAGACGUUGAGUUUAAGAGUUGAAAGACAAAGUGAGAAUGCAUUGAAAUUAGCUAAAUGGUUGGAACUGAACCCACAUGUUGAUUCAGUAUCCUAUGUUGGUUUGCCAUCUCAUGAAUCUCACGAAUUGGCUAAAAAGUACUUUAACAAUAAUGCUAAAUUCUUUGGAGGUGCCUUAUCAUUCACCGUGAAGGAAAUUGAAUCCAACUCAUCAGAUCCAUUCCAAGAAGCUUCACCAAGAGUUGUUGACAAUUUGAAAAUCGCUUCCAACUUGGCAAAUGUUGGAGAUUCCAAGACAUUGGUAAUUGCACCAUAUUUUACUACUCAUCAACAGUUGGACGAAGAGGAGAAAAAGGCAUCUGGUGUAUCCAAAGGGUUGAUCAGGGUAUCCAUUGGUACAGAGUUUAUAGACGAUAUCAUUGAUGAUUUCGACCAAGCUUUUAAGAAGGUGUAUGGUAAUUAA